AGAAUCAAGGUUUGCACACCUACAAACAUAUCACUUCUAACAUUGAUUGAUCAAUCUAACCACAAAAUUUCAAAGAAUCAAGCAAUUACUUCGUUCUAGACAUCUCACGCAGAACGCUCCUCAACAUUGGUCGAGAAAGAGAUGCAGGGUUCAUCAAUUCAAAGCAAGUAGCCACAUUAUAAGCUACAAGGCUUGCUUGGAACCCUCAAAGUUUGAAAAUUUUGGAGCAUAAUACAAGGUUCCGAGUAAGGUUCUAUCAUGCCAUUCAACAAUCACACAACCAUUCAACCAAUCAAAUUCCCACAUACAAUCUCACAAAUGUCUAACAUCACAGGGAAGUAAUCAUCGACUAAGCAUCAUUCAUGAACUUUAAGAAGUUAAAAGUGCAACACCCUAGUCUGUAAAACCUUGAAACAAUGGUUUGCUCCGGAACAUGCUCAAAAUUUUUAACAGAAAAGGAAUGACUUGUUUAAAUAAACUGAAAUAACACUGUUCUCAAAUCAUAAAUACCGAACGUGAACUGCCAUAACUUAAAACAAAAGCCCUAACAUUUGAGAAAAUUUUAAACCAUAAAAUCUUAAUCUCCAGGCUUACUCAUAAACAUAAAGCAUAAUAACUAAAAGCCUACGUGGCUUCUUACUCAAAUCAUAUCUCCGAGAUCUUCAGUGACGCUCGUGUUGUCCUCCUUUAGCUGGAUGCUUUCUAGUUGGUUGCUCUCCAAAUGGCUUCUCCCCUAGUCCUUCUCAACGACCUGGUGCAUGGGUUGGCGCCAUUACUAAAAACCUCAAAGUACUUAAAGGGGUUUCACUGAAAGUUCUCCUUAAUAUUGUGGAAGUUGUUACGUGUUAUUACUUCCACCCUUUAACUUAAACACUCAAAAUAAGGGAGUUGAUGUUACGCCCCACUCUUAAAAACUUAAACCUUAGACUAACUGAGGAAUCUCUCACUACCUAGUCCAACCGUCCAACUCAUAUGCAUGAAGGAUUACGUAGACAUGCCCGUAUCCUUAUAUUUACAGAGGUCUUAUUGAUUCAUCCCAAAAAUCUUAAGAGCAUUAUGUGGCCUUUCUUUAAACCUUAACUAGGGUGGGGGACUAGCAUUACUGAACUAUCACUUAACCUUCUCACCUUAAUUUUAUAUAGCGAUGAAGUACUACUAAUACUUGUUCUUAAAGUUCACGAAUACUUUAAUAGUAAGACAUAAAUUUAACUGCUUUAAACUAAAUAUUGAAAGGUCAUAAAAAAUUUUAAUAUGUCCACCUCAAACCUAAAAUUUUGAUCUUAAAUAAUUCAAAAUAUUAAUAAAUGUUGUAACCGUAAAUCAAAACCAUAAAAUAAUCCCUUUUCCUUAUUAAAAUAAAUCAUAACUCAAUUUUAAUACCUCGUUACGAACCCUUCAAUUUCCUGAUCGUAAUUUAUAACGUCAAUCUAUAAUCCUAAUUAUGUACAAAAUUAUUAAACCAACCAAAAUCCCUCAUAUAACGUUUUAUUUAAAUAAAAAUGGAAAAGAAAAGGAGCUUUGGGAGAAUUCUCUCUUCUCUCUCUUCUUAUCGCGUUUCCCCUGAACCCUCGUUUUUGCGAUGGCGGAGUCGCCGCCAGGCGCAGCGCUGGCCGCCGCGCCGGUUAGCUGGGCCUCCCUUUUUGAGGUGGAUCCGGCAAAUAAGAUGACGUAUCGCCCUCCCCAGAAGAUGAAUGAUGGAUUUCGUCUUCCUCGUGAAGUGAAGAAGCGGGGAGAGGAGAGGUGGAAGGACUGUCUUAUAGCUCAGUUCGUUGGGUCAGUUCCAAAACCGGCAGCUCUACAGCAAUGGGCUACCAGUCUGUGGGGGAGAGAUGGAGUGGUCCGUGUCUCCAAAUUUGGUCCGCGAUUGAUGGUGUUUCAGUUUCCUUCGGCAGCAACUGGUAAGUGGGUAUUCAAGUCAGGACCGUGGCACUUCCAAGGCAAUCCGGUUUAUUUUCGGAAAUGGUUUCCUGGGAUUCAACCUGUUACUCCUGCAAUCGAAACUCCACCGAUUUGGGUUAAAUUGUGGGGAAUUCCAUUAGAAUAUCACUCAUUUGAGGGGCAUGAAUGGAUUGCAAGCACUAUAGGGGCACCUCUCUGGAUGGACCAUACCACAAGGGUUGGUGCUCAAUUGGGUUAUGCAAAAGUUUGUGUUGAUUUAGCUGCUGAUUGUGGAUUUCCGGGAAAAGUUCGACUUUACCCUGAUGAUGAUCCCUCUUUUGAAAUUGAAAUUGAGUAUCUGAAUAAACCAUUGGUGUGUGAUAGAUGUGGGAUUUAUGGGCAUGAUUGUGAUUGGUUAGCUAAGAGUGGUAAGAAGUGGAUUCCUAAAGCUAAGGUUACAAAAGAGAAUACUGAAGCUGUGCUUAUAUCAGGGGUUGACAAAGUUGUGGAUGGUAAGGAUAAAGGGAAGGGAGUUGAUCUUGGUUCUGAGAUGGUAAUUUCUGUUGGGUCUGCAGCAGAAGGCAGCUCUCAAUCUGGUAAUGGUUUGAUAUUGGUUGGUUCUGGGGCAGCAAUUGAAGGCAAUUCAAAUCUCACUUCUCCAGUUGUAGGGGGUCCAGUGGGAAGUUUUGUUGCAGCGGUAAAGGGAUCAUCAGCUCCUUCUGAGAGUUCUGUUUCCACUCAAUCUUCACCUGAGGGGAGGUUGGACAAUCAGAUAACUCCUGCUAGAAACGAGGUAAAUCCAUGGAUUACUGUCAUUGGAAAUUCUGCAAAGAAAAAACCUCCUGUUCCUCCUGCUAAGAAAGGGGGAAAGGGUGGAAAGAAGAAAUGAAAGUGCUAUCUUGGAAUACCAGGGGAUUUAAAGACCCUGGUAAGAAUAAAGCUGUUCAACAGCU